AUUGAGGAUUGAUAAUUUUCCUUGUAAGAUACAGAAGAUAUGUAAUAAUUUCCGUAUAAGAGUUGCACUCAAAACAUUCUCGGGGAAAUACGCAAUUAUAUAAAAUGUCAAUGUCUCACAGGACUUUGGCAAAGUAGAUGCAGCCAUUUUAGGGCUAUUUGGAACGUGGCAACUCGAACUGCUGCACUUCGGUGCCAAGUUCUAUGUUGAAUCCAGACAGACAGACAUUUUAGGGCCUGCAGGAAGUUUCAAUCUGCGGUGACGACAGCCAGUGGUAUCCACGUUGCUCGCGAUAUCCUAUGUCAGCCAGCACUGGCUUUAGGCGUGUUGCAGAAAACUUAGGGUAGACUAUAGAUGACUCCCACGUUUUGUAAUGCACCCGAAGAUUUCGCCCUGAAAAUUCUGCAGUGCGCCAGAAGAAAGUGCUAUGAUGACAUCAUUACGGAUUUAACUGUACAGCUUAAUUCAUUUGACAGGCUAACUAUCCCGACUUUCAGACCAGUACAUACAUCCAGUGGAGCCUAGGAGACAUGCCUUGAGACGGCAGUAUGAAUGUUUAUUUUUCCAGUCGUUUUUGGAAGGUUUAUCACCGAUUCAGAUUUAUUAUUUUUUUGAUAUGGGUUGAGUUCUGGUCCAACACAUCAUUCUGCACGUUCCGUAUUCCUCCUGGAGUGUGAUAAUGUCCUCAUAAAUAUUACGGGAAAUGAAUGUUAUGGCAGUUGUAUACAGGUUGGAAGUGGUCUUCGUGAAUCUAGGCUUCUGCUUCGUGUAAAUUAAGCAAUUUAAAAAAACAACAGCCGAGAGUAAGGACAUACUAAAUUGCUCCGAGAAAACUUUGUAUAAUAGAUAAGAAUAUGCACUGGAUUAGUGAAAAAGUAAUCUGUUCAAACUCAGUGAAGGUGAUUGCCUUACCCUCAAAAUUUAGUAGUAUAUUAACAUUUUAUAGGUAGUUUCACUAAAUAACAUAGCCACCUUGUUUUUAGGACAUUUAAAGACACUGAAUGUGAAUAUUUCGGUGCUGUGAUGAUUUUGAAGCGAGAUCUGACGUAGUGGUUAAUAGCCUCUACUUUGAAUGUUCCAUAAUCUGAGCACCUGUGCACACUUAAGAGACGUGACUUGUUUGCGUUAGCAUUCAGCUUUUAAACCCACGAGUUACACACACCCCAACUUCAAUGUAAACAGCUUGUUAGAAUCAAAGUAAGUAUAGAUUAUGUCCUUCUAGAUGAAAGGUCUUUUUCAGAUGACUGAACUCACGUUUAAAGACACAAAUAAACUGUUUUAAUGAUACGAUAACUUUGUGUCCUAUUUUUCUUUCAGACAAUGUUAUUCGCAAGGGGCAGUUGUAAUUUAUUUCGCUCAAUGAUACAUUCUGUUUGCAGUCAGAAAGUCUUCGACAGUACAAAUAUACCAGACUUAGUCAAGAAGUACACGUCUCUAAAAGACAUUACGGAGAAUUCUCCAGAAACGAAUAUUCUGGGUCAUAGCAUAAUAACGGAGGAUUGUUUAUCUUCAAUAGUAGAAAACAAACAAUAUUACGAAAUGCCUAUCCUUCAUUUAUCAGCACGGAAGAAUAAUUUAAUUGCUACACUAACUGAUUGUAACGGGAGAGUUUUGAGUGGUACAAGUUGUGGUGCUGAGGGCUUCCGGAAUGCUCGCAAAAAGUCCACGGUUGCUGCUCAAACUGUUGGCAUUUCUGUAGGACUGAGAGCCAAGAAACUAGGGAUUAACUCUGUGCGAAUCGUAUUUUCUGGACGUGGUUCAGAUAAACUGUCUGUACUUUCUGGCCUAAAUAUUUCUGGACUGAAGAUAAUCUCUUUAACAGACGAUACAAAUGUUCAUUAUGGUCAUGGAAGGAGGCCUAGAAAGCCACGCAGAAUGUAA